CAGCUGAGCUGGUCUGAUAGCCCACUCUCAGCUCCACUCUGUAACCUCCACCUUUAGGCCCUCUGUGAAGGACCGAGCAGAGAGAGAGAGAGAGAGAGUCUACACUCAGGUCUGGCAUAGACGAUGGCAUACAGACAUGGAGGAAGACCCCCAGUGUCUUCUUGUAGAGUUCAGGAGGCCUCAGAAAUACAGACCACUCAUGUGUCCCUGCAGGCCAGUCCACCCUGCAGCGCCUCCUAUGGGAUCCUUCAGGAGGAAAAGAAGGAGAAGAAUAGCUCCCUUCAGGAGCAGCUUAUUGAAAAAGACCAGUACAUCACCCGGCUGCAGGAAACACUUCGGUUAGAGAGGGAGAAGAACGUGAAGCUGCAGUCUCGAUUUAACCAGCAGGGGUUGGAGCUGAGGCGCAGAGAGCAGCACGCCAACAGAAUGAGAGAAAAACUCUUUCAGUUCACUGACCGGCACAGAGACCGUGGAGCGUCCAUAGAGGUCAUUAACGCUCUUCCAAAGCCAUCAGGACGAAGGGAGCCUGUGUCCAGGACUGCAAGGGCUGAUGGGAGGAAAGAGCAGGCUGUACAGCUGAUGCUGGAAAGGAGGGAGGCGGAGCUUAGAGAGUCUAUGAAGCUCCGCCACAGCCUCACGACUCUACUGCACGCGCUCAGAACUGACAUGCAGCAAACCCUGCAGGACAGCGUGGAUGCGGAGGAGGAGGAGCAGCAGCAGCAGCAAGUGGACACCAGCUGGCUGGUCCAGUCAGAGCAGUCACUCGGUGAUCAUGUGACAGGGGGUGUGGUUCUGGAGUGGACGGAGGUGAAGAAGAGACUGAGGGAGCUGCAGUCCAAGAGCACCGUUGCCGUGAGGACGGAUCAGGAGAAGUUCCUGGCUCAGCUUGAAGAGGAGCUGGAGCAGAGCAGAGAGUUGGUCCGAGUUCAGCAGCAGCUACUGCAGGACAACGUGGACUCUCCUCUUCCAGCUGCUUUGAUUGACUCCUAUUAUCUGGAAGAAUGGGAACGGCUUCAGGACCAGUGGGUGGAGCUUAAACAUCAGAGGCGGAGCUUCCAGCAAGAGAGGCAGGCUUUCACUGAAGCUGCAAUCCGAUUGGGCCAUGAGAGGUGUGUGUUUCAGCAGCAGAAGGCGGCCCUCAUGAAGCAGCAGUUCCUCACUACGUCUCCAAUAAUGAAGACCAGCCACUCAAACAGGAGGGAGAGCACAGCACUCGGAGAGCUGCGAGUGGCAGCUCCAGAUAGCCUGGCUCUGUCCCCCUGUGCUCCUAUCACUCCCUCUUCUGAGGGGUCAGAGGUCACGCCUAGGUCAGCUCAGAACAUUAUGACCCCCAGCACUCCGGAACUUUACUCUGUUCUACAGCUCAACUACUGCAGGUCAGUGGAGAGUCCUCCUCCUUUUCAGAAGGAGCCACUGGAAGGAGUUUUCAGCCCUGAGCACCAAAACAUGGAUGAUUGGCCUUUUUAGUCCAAACCCAGGCCUGUCUGUAUGUGUAUUUAUCACUUUGUGGGGACCAGAUCCUCUCUGUGCUGAGCUCAUGACAUUACUGCUGUCUGUGAGGCUGCAGCUUUUAUUAUAAGCAGUAAAAGUGGCCAAAGCUGCUGAUUUGGUUGGGGUAAGGUUGGGUGAAGCAUGGCAGCAUUUGCACACUUUACACUCAGUAGUUUAUACUUGUUUAUGUGAAUGGUUUCUUGCGCCAGUUCUCUCUGAAUUUAUGUAUUGACUAAAUAAAAUUCUUGACAUUA